UCCUCUGUUGCCGUCGCUUGCUGGGAAACUGCUAGAGCUUACUUGGCACCAAGUCUCGGCCCUAUCGCAUCCCGCCGUCGAGCUCAGAGUUUUCUUCCAAGAUGCGAGCUAGUAGCCAUCCUUGGGGGUCCUUGCAUGUGGCACGUCCUCGCCAGGCCAAACCAAGCUUGCCUUUGCGCUUUGCCACUGGACGCCCACGUUUUGGUUAGGCGAUUUUAUCAAUGGCGUCGGAUCUAAUCAAUCAACCCAGCGGAUCUCCCAUUCGCCUCUUGUGGCCUGACUUGAGUCUGGACUGACCACGACCAGCUGAGUGGCCAGUUUUUCGCUUUUCAGAGCUGCCGACUUCGGGCGAUGUCGGUGCCGGUUAAAAUCCCUGUUUCUAGCUCUGUGCCUGGCUGUCUCAGUUAAAAAGUCGGCCUCUCCCCCCGUCCGCUGUUGCAGUUGCGUUUCCAGCUUGCGCACUCCCGAGGAUUCACCUGAGGACUCAGCAGCAAUGGCCAUCACCAAGUUCCAAGUUCCCUUUAGUCGUCGUAAGUCGGCAGGCGAGGCUGAAGAGCCUACGCGCGCCGCAGACAUUGAGCGUCCCGCCGAUGAGAAGACGGCGACGCCCAACGAGAAGGAGGCCGACACCACCAGCGAGGACAUGAUCCCCGCUGGCCCUACCCAGGACGGUGUGUUGAAGAUGCAGGCCGUGACCCAGGUUUGGACGAAGUGGUCGCUUGCUGGAGUUCUGUGCCUUCUGUGGCUUCUUACCUUGGCAAACGGUUUCAGAACAGCUAUCCUCUACAGUUUGACUCCAUACGCCACAAGUAGCUUCCAGAGUCACUCCCUCUUGACCGUGAUCCAAGUGGUUUCCAGCGCCAUGACCUCUGCUCUAUACAUUCCUGUUGCCAAAAUGCUGGACGUCUGGGGUCGCGCGGAAGGGUGGAUGUUCAUGGUCAUGUUGUCCACACUGGGAUUGAUCAUGAUGGCCGCAUCCAAGAAUCUACCAACAUACUGUGCCGCUGAGGUCUUCUACUCUGUUGGAUUCGGUGGUUUGAACUAUAUCCUUUGCGUCAUCGCCGCCGAUGUGACCAACCUGCGGAAUCGUGGUAUCGCAUUUGCCUUUACCUCGUCUCCCUACAUGAUCACUGCAUUUGCAGGCUCAAAGGCUGCAGAAAAGUUCCUUGUCAACGUCAACUGGCGCUGGGGAUUCGGUGCUUUCGCCAUUAUCAUCCCUAUUGUGGCCUCGCCCACUUAUGUCGUUCUGAAGGCCGCCAUGAUCAAGGCCGAGAAGCAAGGGCUUAUUACUCCCCGUGAGCGCAGUGGCCGCACUCUUGUUGGGAACAUCAAGCACUACUUCUUCGAGCUUGAUAUCCCCGGAGUCAUCCUUCUAGCUGGUGGUCUCACUGUGUUCCUUCUUCCGUUCACCCUCGCCAGCCGAGCUCCCAAUGGCUGGAAGACCGACUACAUCAUCGCCAUGAUCGUCACUGGCUUCGUGGUCUGUGUCCUCUUCGUCCUAUACCAAGCCUAUCUGGCCCCCAAGCCCUUCCUCAAGUACGAGUUCUUGACCGACCGCACCGUGAUCGGCGCCUGCCUGCUUGAUGCCACCUAUCAAAUGUCAUACUACUGCUGGAACAGCUACUUCUCCUCGUUCCUACAGGUUGUCAGCAACCUUGGCGUUGCGGAAGCUGGAUACGUGGGUAGCACCUUCCAGGUCGUCUCUGGAGUCCUCCUCUUCUGUGUUGGUUACGCCAUCCGCAAAACCGGGUACUUUAAAUGGCUUCUCUGGAUCUCUGUUCCUCUCUACAUCUUCGCCCAGGGUUUGAUGAUCCACUUCCGCCAGCCAAACCAGUACAUUGGCUACAUUGUCAUGUGCGAAAUCUUCAUCUCUGUCGCUGGCGCCUGCUUCAUCCUGAUCAUGCAGCUCGCCGUCCUCGCAGCCGUCGACCACCAGCACGUCGCCUCGGCUCUAUCCGUCCUCUUCAUCUCUGGCGGAAUUGGCGGUGCAGUCGGAAACGCUAUUUCCGGCGCCAUCUGGACAAACACUUUUUUGCCUGCUCUGCAGCGCGAGCUUCCCGAGUCGGCCCUCCCCAACGUCAUUACUAUCUACUCUUCGCUUCCAGCGCAGCUGGCGUACCCGGUCAACUCGCCUGAGCGUCUUGCGAUUCAGAGGUCGUACGGCUAUGCGCAGACGCGCAUGUUGGCUGCCGGAACGGGGCUUAUGGUCCUCGUUUUUGCUUGGGUUGCGCUUAUCAAGAACUAUAACGUGGGUAAGAUGAAGCAGACCAAGGGUGUUGUCUUCUAAGCGGUGCUUGGAAGCUUAUUACACGCCCGUAUCUGGUCAACUGGGGGAAGAGAGAGAGGAGUGAUGCGGCGGCGGGCAGAGGAAGAAUGCAGACCGCAAGCGAUUUGUUUUUCAUCCCAUUGUCCGUCUGUCAUGGCAUUCUACUCCUCUUGUAUCCGGUGAUAGUGAAAAUAAAGGCUUUACUUACAUAUAUGCCUUGGUCUAAUUGAUUUAUCUUAAUGUAUAUACGAGGGAGCAGUUGUGACGCAUGAUCUCGAUGAGACACGGUCGACAUUCGUUCAAAAUUGGCGGUGAUAAUACUACGACAUCUCCGAUGCUGCGCAUAACAAUUCUGUUUUUCCGUCAUCUUGUAGAUCUGACGAUAUACGUCAUUUCGCCACGGCCCAACAGUUGCCCGAGGGCAGAUUCGGAGUCCCCCCUCGCGAUAUAGACUCGCGUCGCAUAUGGACAGGCCAGCCCAGAGAUAAUCUAGAGGCGCGGAAUGAACGAGAGCAAUAGAUGUCCGAAUAUAUCUCAUCGUCCGUCCGUCCGUCCACUCGCAUCUCUAAGGAUCUCGAUCUAAUCCAACGCGAGCAUAAGCACCAGGCCCGGCGGCCAGACAAUAUCACACAUCAUCAACAACCGUCGACGGCCAGAGCCGGAAGAUCAGAUAAGAUGUCGACGAGGUAAUUUUUAAACCCGCCCGCAUGCACUGAUCCUGGAACCCGAUUAUCAGAUCAGAUUAGAUCAUCUCGCCGUCUUCCACGUCCCUGGUUCCCGUAUGGAGCACCGCUCCGCGCGGCGCCAAGGAGCCAAGAUUCCUGUUUCCGUGGAGAAUGAUUCCUACUCAGAGAAUGCGAUGGAUGAACCGUCUGUAACCGAGCUGCGCCGAGCGUUGAGUGGAA